CAUGCAACUUGUUUUAUCGAUUGAGUAUUCAUUUUCGUUCAAAAAGUUCAAAAACACUCAAUUUACUUACUACAAAGCACUAGACAGUGUUUCCUUAAGAAGUUAUUAUAAACAUUUAUCAACAUUUAUAAACAUCAUCAUUUAAAUUCACAUAACAACCAACAACUUAUAAUGCUUAUUAAAAACCUUAUUACGAUCAUGCAACUUGUUUUAUCGAUUGAGUAUUCAUAUUCAUUCAAAAGAUUCAAACAGAAUCGAUUCACUUACUACAAAGCACCAGAUAGUGUUUUCUUGACGAAUCCCAAUAAUCACACAACAUCUUAUGGUAUUUAUUUAACUGGUGAAACAAUAACAAUGGACAUUCCAACAAGUGUAGUUAAUGUGUCCGACAUCGUCAAUUGGAAAGUAGUUUAUCUCAAAAAAGAUCGAUUGAUGUUCGUUCAUAAAAACAAACCUCAAAUUCUGAUUAAUCAAAAGACUAUCGAAGAUAUGGAAUAUUCUGGUAAAUUAACUGGUUCAAUAAUAGCUUUUGGUGACAAUGAAGCUCUUCAUGUUCCAACAAUAUUCAAUCCAAAUUUAACAGGACCGGUUCCUGAAUGGAAUUAUAUUGAAUUGUUGUAUUUCGAUGCUAAAAAUAAAAAGGUUUCUGUGAAGCGAUCCUUACCUUGGCUUAAGAAAGAUGAUUGGGAGUUUAUUAAAGAAUGGAAAAUGAUGGAUUAUAUUCAUUUCGACGAUAAAUUAUACCUUCUAAUCAAACGCAGUAUUUUGAAUGAAAAGACCAAAAAUGUUACUCAAGAGAUAUCAAUAAUACGAUUGUGUCUUGACAAAGGAAGUGAACUUAUUUCGAGUGCAAUUGAGAUUCGUUAUAAUCGACCAGAGUUUCAAACUAAUCAAAUUACUGGAGCUAUUUUCAUUUGCUUAACCUAUUACAAACCCGAAAAAAUAUUACUGUUAAUAACAAAAGAAGCUUCCAACAAGAGCUUGAUUCAUACUCGAUAUUUCAUCGAUCAUUUUGUUUCAUUGUUUGACAAAACUGGUCAAGAAUGUGCUUCAGGCGCUAAUAAUUACACUUUAAUGCGAUAUCAUUUACGAUCCGAAGUUCGUAGUUGCCAAAAAACUACUUAUAAAAAUUGUUCUUCUAAUCAGAAUACUGUACCUUCAGUUCAACUCAAUUUCGACCUAAUAUUAGAUUAUCAUUUAAUCUUUGGUGAUGCUGAUGGUAUUAUAGGAGAUCCAAUUCCACAAAUUGAAUAUGCUUACACUUCAAACCUCACUCAAACUCAUUUUUGCUACCAGAAAAGUGGCUGGGCACAGCAAUGUAUUAAAAAUCUCAAAAACUUCAAUACCAAUAGUUCAAUUCACAAUGUUGAAGCGUUCUUUUCUGGAUAUCCUAAUCCAGGAUUUGCUAAGUUUUUGUUGGCGUACAACAGUUUAAAUCUCAAUGAUUGUCGCCACUGUGGCCAAGCCAUUAAUAGAUACUUAACAUGUUUGAAAGAGGAUAACAUAACAUCGGUAGACGAUCUCCAACUUCAUACUUUUAUUAAUCACCGACCAAUAGGAUAUUUUCGAGUUACUAAAGAGACUAAUAAAAUAUUUACCAUUUCUACAUUUAAAAAUUAUUGUGAAGGAUAUAAAAGUUGCACUCAUUGUAUAAUGUAUGGUAUGAUUGAAAGCUGUAUUUGGUCCGAUUCAAUAUGUAAAAAGGACAUGAACAGUGUUAAACAAACUGUAGAUAUCUGCUUCAAAAUAGCUCGAAUUUCACCUUUGCUUUUCAACUCUUCAUCACCUGGAACUUUGACAAUUGGAUUUGAUAGACCACUAAACCUUAAUGACACUCAAGAGUAUUUAGAUAUCAAAGCUGGUCCACAUAAUCAUUGCACCAACAUAACACCAAAUCACAACAGAUCAAUCUUCAAUUGCUCUAUGAGAUUAUCUGAAUCGGGUAAAUUCAAGAUCAGUGUUAGUCUUCAAAAUGAUAGAUAUGCCGAUACUAUAAGUAUAAGUGCUCUAUCAACUGAAAAUGUUGAUAUUGUUGCGCCCGAAGCUGAUUAUUUGCCAAUAAUCAUUUCAUUAUUUUCAGGUGCAACCUUAAUAUCAUUGAUAAUAAUUUAUGUAAGGUUUAAAAAGCAACAGUCAAAAGAUCCAAUAAAAGAUUCAAAUACGAAUAUAAGAAAAUUUUCUGAUUCAAAAGAGAAGCAAGGAUCCGCUGAAGCUAUAAAUGCUGUAACGCGUGUUGAAGCACAAAUAAUAUCCUCUGCAAUGAAAACUACGAAAGACUCGAUGAUUCAAAAGGAACCAUCGAGUAAACUGGUUAAAUCUCGAAGUUCAAUUCCAUCUGUAUCGAAACAAUUGGAUGUAUCGAAAAGUCAAGUCUCCAACCCCAGUCUGAAGAGCACUAAAAAUCAAAAAUCAACUAAAAUUGAUGUAGAAAUUAUGAGAUCAAAAAGUUCGCCUGUUGUGAUGAAAAUUAAACGCAAAACGAAGAAGUUGAAGCCCAAAAUCAGUGUCUCAAAUAAACCUAAAUGAACUAGUUAAGUUUUAAAGUACAAUAUCAUUUUUAUUAAUAAUAACUUUAUUGGAACAAUUACAAUCGCUCCCCAGAUUGACCCUGGAAUUUUAAUUUUACAUAAAUUGAAGCAAUUACGAAUUCAUUGCAUAUUAAUGAUUAAUCAUCAAGCCCAGUGACUUUUUUGUGAUCAGCUGAAACAAUUUUCUUUGUAAACAUUUUGUGUAGCAUGACAUGUUAAAGGGAAGAAAAAUUUUUGUCGCUUAGAUUUCAUUAUUUACACAUAAAAUGCAUUAGGCUCGACACGAGAUCUGUUUUGUGGACAUCGAAUGGACUUAAAAUCAGAACAAAGUUGUUAAUAAAAAGAGACAGUACUUGCAUAUUGUAUUAAUACUUGCUAUUUGUGAAAAUUUCAAAGGUUACCAUCAAUUGACAUUUGCUUAUUGAUCUUGACUGAUUUGUGAUAAAACUACAUGUGCACCAAGUGUAAAGUACGAUCUCCGUACGAAUUAUCUCCGACAGAUCAGUUAAUUUCAGAUAAAAUCUUAGUGAUAUGAUUAGAUUUGAUAUGUUUUCAUUAUUGCUGGUAAGAUAGUGCGUGAAACAAUGGAAUUAUAAAUUAAAAUGAACAAUUCCGAUGAAUUUUGUAAUCGAAGUCUCACCUUUCUGAUUUUUUGAUGAAAGCUCGUGAUUUUUGGUGAUUUGGUUAAUUCAAAACAAAAUGACAUUUAAACUCAUUGUUGUUAGUGUUUAUCACAAUUUUAUUCAAUGUUUAAUCACAGACUAGUCCAUCAUAUAAAAGCAAAAGCUAGCGUCACUAAGAAUCAUUAGUUUAAUAAUUAAUUAUUGUUAACCCAACAACUACCAAUCAAAAUGAUCCGAGCUGCUAUAUUCAUUGCUUUAUUUGCAUUGGCCGCUUCUGCCAGCCUUUCCCUUGACUCCCAAUGGGAAUCAUUCAAGACUAAAUACGGCAAAUCUUAUGAUUCGGCUGAAGAAGAAACCUACAGACGAAAUGUUUUUGCCCAGAAACUGGAAAAGAUCAAGGCUCA